CAACGCAUUAUCAGGUAGAGGUAGUCGGAAGACAGUGAAAGCAUCCUUUUGAGAAAGAACGCCGGGUCGCCUUCGGGCGGCGAUGGAUUUAGUUAAGCAGUAAAAGAGGCACGAGUUGUGAAAGAGUACUGUUCCCAAAGGCACCAGCAUGGCGAUGGCGCGCAGUGUUGGAAGCGCCGCAACGCUGGCGCCCGGUCAGGAUAUGGACGAUAGUCGGUUCCGUAUCCGGCCCUAUCAGCAAAUACUAUCUUCCUGCAGUGGCGCCCUUGUGACAUCGCUGUUCAUGACGCCGUUGGAUGUGAUUAAAACGCGCCUCCAGGCGCAACAGAAGCUGUUACUGUCCAACAAAUGUUAUCUCUACUGCAACGGGCUUAUGGAUCACAUUUGUCCCUGCGCACCGAACAUGGGCCCGUCGGCCGUCAGCAAACCUACGUUACAUUUCACCGGAACUAUCGAUGCGUUUUCGAAAAUAAGCCGCCACGAAGGAGUCCGCUCGUUAUGGUCCGGCCUUGGGCCCACACUGGUACUGGCCCUUCCGACGACGGUCAUUUACUUCGUGGCGUACGAGCAGUUUCGCAUCCGGCUGAAGGAACUGCACCAAAGCAGAAAGGGAAAGGAUGCGGAGCUUCCGUUCUGGUUACCGCUCACGGCCGGCGGAUCGGCUCGCGUCCUGGCCGUAACCAUCGUGAAUCCACUCGAGCUUAUACGUACCAAAAUGCAGUCUGAGCGAUUAAGCUACUCGGAGGUCGGCCAAGCAUUCCGCAGUAUGCUGCGGGUGCAGGGAGUUCUCGGCAUGUGGAACGGAUUCUUCCCAACCAUACUGCGGGACGUUCCGUUCAGCGCUAUCUACUGGACGACGUACGAAACGUACAAAAAGCAGCUUAACGUGACGCAGCCAACAUUUUCGGUCAGCUUUGUCGGUGGUGCCAUUUCGGGCGGUGUGGCCGCCUUUCUUACGGUACCGUUCGAUGUGGUCAAGACGCACCAACAGAUUGCGUUCGGCGAACGGUUCCUGUACCCACAAAAUGGAGCCAAAUCAGCCACCGUUAGCACGUUCGCAAUGAUGCGCAGGAUUUUCGAAGCCAGUGGCAUCCGGGGGCUGUUCACCGGCCUUACGCCGCGGUUGGUUAAAGUUGCGCCCGCCUGUGCCAUCAUGAUUGCGUCGUUCGAGUAUGGGAAAAACUUUUUCUACUCCUACAACGUGAAACGCUAUCAGGAGAAACAUGGCCGGGUAUCGGGGGCUCCUCCGCUCGGUGGUGGUGGCACUACCGUCGGGGCCUCCUUGGUUAGCAGUACGAUGCCCACUUCUUCGCCUACCGUCGUCGCUGCUGCUUCACCAUCGCCAUCGCACCGUGGUCGGGUACGGUUUUGAAUCGGUUGAACCUCCCGCAUCUAAUUAGUUUCCAACCGAUGUUGAGUUAUCCGAUAGCUUCACACCACCAAUCGCCCUGUCCAUUCGGAAACGAAAGCCCAUAAUUUGAGAGAGUGAAGGAAAAGCAAUUCCAAUAGACAGUGAACCCGUUACUGUAUGAGUUUUGGAAAAGAUAAGAAGCGUUCGCAUAAAGAAUAAAACGCGUUAUCGUAAACGCUAGGGAACCUAUCGCGCAGCAGCAGAUAAGCCUUAGGCUACGCCGUAACCGAGCAACCGAGGAUUACUGGGCAUGGACACGAUCACGUUGUGAGUAUCGCACCAUCAGCGCAGGAUCGUGCAAGUGUCGUAAACAGCGCGACACGAGCGAUAGGCACUGGAUUGGUCGGAGACAGUACGAUGGCGAGGACAAUAAAAAAGUAUUUGAA